AUGAAGACGUGCGCCAGUAGCGCUGUGUCAAAUGGCCACGGCCCAGCACAUGAUAACGACACGUUGUCCGCAAUUGCUGGUACCGCAAUGGAAGAAAUCGCGUCUGGGCGGUUCCUGUUCUGGGCUUCAAGAAAGCUGGCAGAGAAGCAAAUGUGGGGUUAG